AAAACAUAAAGUGAAACUGUUUCAAGUAUAUCUCCGAACAAAGCGAGAAGAUAAGGAAGUGCUGGGUGCUUCUCAACGAUAAACAACCAGAAAUUGACACUAGAUGGCCGCCAUCAAAGAAGUGAUUCUAAAAGCUCUUGAGGAUCUUCUGGAAGUUGAGUUUAAAGAAUUCAAAUGGUGGUUGAUAAACAGUGGGGAACAAGAGUCUCUCCCUCGAGGAAAACUUGAAAAUGCUGUUCCGCAUGUUGUUGUGGAUUACUUGGUGCAGCAUUAUUGUGCUUCAGAUGCUGGGAAGGUUGCAGUCCGAACACUGCGCAAAAUGAAACAAAAUGAGCUAGCUGACCAACUAAAGAAGAAACUUCAGGAAGUGUCAGAAGCAGUUCCUGUUGAGAGUGCAGUGUCAUCCAGUGCAGCAACUCAGUCUGCUCAGACUCCAGCAGUUUCAAUGAAUAUAACAGCUACUGGAGGAGGAAACGUUAAAGCCCCUGUUCUACAUGGUGGUGUUUAUAACGGCCCACUAACAUUCAAAUGAUACUCGGGGACAAAUUCUAUCUAUCUAUCUAUCUAUCUAUCUAUCUAUCUAUCUAUCUAUCUAUCUAUCUAUCUAAAAUCAAAUGUCAGAUUUGUAAUACUAUUAUGUCCCGCCCCGUCUUGGGUUGGGAGGGGGUGACAAGGUAAUAAUGAGAAUGGAGAAAUUAAUAAAAAAUAAAAAACUUGAUCAAUAACAAAAAUGGCGUCCUCCUCCCUACGGCUUCCAAAAAGAACCAAAAAAUAAACAAUGAACUUAGGAUUCCCGAGGAGUAUCAAUAUAUAACAAAUAACAAAGAUUUAACACUUACCGCCGUUACUUCAAUAAGCAACAGGUUGUACAAUAACAAAUGGUUACAACUACAACAAGUUGAGGAAACACUUAGCAUGAUGCAGCAGCAGCAGCAGCAACAACAACAACAACAACAACAACAACAACAACAACAACAACAACAACAACAACAACAACAACAACAACAGCAGCAGCAGCAGCAGCAGCAGAAUUGCGGUCUCAGCAGCCUGGACACUAAUAAAGCCUCCAUCAAGUGAGUUCACUCUCCAGCUUUAUCUUCAAGCUCUCCAUCCAGCAACCAAUCAGAACAAGGCAGCAAUCAAAAGGUAACAUUGUUGGCUGGUGUCCAUUAACCUUUGCAAUGAGGAGAGAGAGUGAGAAGGUGUAAGGUAUGGCGGAGGAUCAGUGCCUUAACAGAUUCCCGAACAAACAAGAACUUACUGUUAAAAACCCCCCUAAUUACUGAAAUAGCGCCAACCAGCCUCCACAAGCACAAUAAAUGUAUUGACAAAGAGACAAUGAACUAUUGACAGAGAACCGCAUGUGACAUCCGCAUGCUCACCACGUGCUUAUCGUGUGGACAGGAAGGGGGAAACUUUGAACGUAAAAAUGUGUGUGUGUGUGUGUGUGUUUUUUCAGUUAAACACAGAACUGCAUAUUGCUAAUGAAAUACGUGUAAUCCCUGUAUGUUGUGUAUUUCUGAGGUAUAUCAAACUCGUUAGAACUGUUUCGUUGUGUGUUUUAAACUCUGAGGCCUCAUAUUUAAUAGCCUCAGUGUAUAUUCCCUUAUUAAGUGUACUAAAUAUACCUUUCUUGGUAUCAAAUUAAACCUUACGAUUUGUCCGAGCUGAAUUCGAAUAUAAGAUCUCUGUAGAAUGAUAUUACGCGAUGUUUUACUAUCUUUUGAGUCAUUCAGCCCAAAAUCUCUUACUGUCAUAAACAUGCAAAUGAGCUUUGACAAAGGAACUCUCUCAUGCCCAGAGUAAUGGAGGCCUUUACGACCUCCAAAGGAAUGUUCAGAGAAGUGCUGACCCUCACUUCAUUCUCUUACUGAGAAAGAGAAAUGAACCCUGUUAAUCCUAUAUAUAUAUUCUAUAUAUCCAUGUGAUAAAUAUUGACAUGUAUCUAAUGUGCCAUCUCACAUUUUCCCUUAAAUGUGCUUGAUCUAUGUUUUCUUGCAAACUAAUGGGUUAAUGUUUCAGACUUUGCAUACUAUGGUUAACCAAAAUCAUAUGUGUGGCAUAUUUGGUCUCUAUAACUUGGUAUUUUGAAGAUUGAAAUGACUGUGUACAUGAUAUGUCGAUAACAACAACAUAUUAGUAUUAAAAGUAUAUUUCCUAUUUUCUUUCUUGCACAUGCAAUGGGCAAUUUUACAACAAAGAGCAAUAAACCAAAUUCCCGCCUAGAACUCAAACCCUUCUUAUUGGUCGAGCCAAUGAGAGGUGGGACCUGUUUCCCGAGGGUAUAAAAUUGCUGCGCCCACUUCCUCUCAUCCUCUCUUUUAGCUCUCUCUCUCUUUUAGCCCUCUCUCUUCCUCGCUCACUCUUAGCCUCUCUUGCUUCCUGCCUCUCUUGCCCUCUGAGCCUUGUGCUCUCUCACUCUCUCGCUGAAUGAUGCCAAACUAGAAGGCCCCAAGGACUCCCAAGCGUGUGCCAGGCUACGUACGGCCUUGUCUCUGAUUCUCACUGGUUCUCUCUCUCAUCAAGACAACAUCAAAGAUCAACUGGAGCCUCAACAAAUUGCAUCAGGACAGUUUAAUUCAAAUGGGACAUGCAAGUAUCAAACUUAGUCUCAUUAUUUGAUACAUUAAGUAUCCUUACCCCUUUCUAAAAAGGGCGUGUCAGAACUAAUAUGAUGGUUUGCUCAGGCUGUUGAUCUGCUGAACUUCAAACAAUGCUAUAACUUCUUGCCUUCCUGUAUUCUGCUUCAGCCCUCUUUCCCUUGGUAAACUGUAUGAAUGUAUGUAUAUGUAUGUUAGAGUAGUUUAAAUGUUUAGUCUAGUUAAUAAAGUCUUGUUCAUGUCACAUGUAAAGUUGUCUGUGUCUCAAGCUCAUAUCUAAAGUCACUAAUCAUAGAUUUUGACUACUUGCUCUUAAUACUUAGUAAGAAAGACAUUUCCCAUG